CUUCAUUCACAUUUUCUAAACGGCACAGGGCUUAUUUGAGGCUUUCUAAAGGGCACAUUUUAAUGGCCGACUCCGUCAUUCAUAUUCUUAUCGCCAUACAUUGUCACAGUUCAAUGUUCUCUUCUCCAUCUUAACCUUUCACAUAGGGUUUAUCUUAGUCGCCCAAAUCGCAUCAUCGUUUCUUGGUGCUUUUAAAUCUCGGGACAAUUCGAAUAGUUUUUUCGGUAAUUCUCUGAAUUAUAACUUGGAUUUGUGAGCAAAAUGGAUGAGGGUGAGCUUGAAAUUUCUAACCAAGACAUGUUAUCAAGCCCCUGUAUUGGUGAUUUUCCUGAAAGCAGCUCACUGAGUAGCUUCUGGAAUGAUAUACUCAGUGAUACACAUGCUUGCACUCAUACUCACACAUGCAAUCAACCUGGGCCUGAUAACUCACACACACACAUGUGUUACCAUGUUCACACCAAAAUAGUGCCUUCUCAAAGCAAAGAAGAUAGGGCACCUAGUGAUGAUACUGCAGAAUAUGCAGGCAAGAAAUCAAAGAAACGGCCUGCAGGCAAUCGGGAAGCGGUCCAGAAGUACAGGGAGAAGAAGAAGGAAAGGGCUGCUUCAUUAGAGAAUGAAGUUGUCAGGCUGAGGGCUAUAAACCAGCAACUGCUGAAGAGGCUACAGGGCCAGAGAUUGCUCGAAGCAGAGAUUUCCAGGCUCAAGUGUUUGCUUGUUGAUAUUAGGGGAAGGAUAGAAGGUGAGAUCGGAUCGUUUCCAUACCAGAAACCAGUGAUCACUAAUCCUACCCUGCCUGGAUCAUAUGUUAUGAACCCCUGCAAUAUGCAUUGUGAUGAUCAAGUUUAUUGCCUCCAUCCUGGCUCCGAAGGUAAAAGCUCAGAGGGUAUGACAUUGAACAACCAAGACAUCAGUAUUUGUGAGUUUGAGAGCUUGCAAUGUUUUGACAGUCAAUGUUCAGGUAUGAAGGAGCUUUUGGCGUGUGGAGUAGAUAACAGUAUGUCUACUCGCCAUACCUCAAGAAGGAAUCAUAAAAAGCCGGGAUAAGUACAACAAGUGAAUGAAGAAUUAGAUCAGAUGCAUUUCUGACCCUCAUAUAUACUUCAAAAGCUGUGGAUCUGUGACGGGAUGCGAUGGUUUCAUUGAACACUGGUUUUUGGGCCUUGCAGUGGUCAAUGGGGUGGAUGAGGCUGUGGUCCAUUUAUUUUUCAUUUAAUCUUAUUCAUUGAUUAAAACUAUUCUUUAUGGUAUUGUUUCUUGUCCUUGCUUCUGGAAAAUAUUCUUUAUGAAUUAUAAAUUCCAAAGUUCAUGUAUUUGUUUGUCUUAGCUUUGAACUUAUUUGACAAGCUUGUCCUAGAAUCUUGAUCAAAUCCUCAUGUCUACAAAUCUAGCACAAGUUUA